CUUAAACCCUCGCUUUUAAUCGUCUCUUUUGUCUCGGCUAUGUCGUCGAGCGCUAUGCAAUACCGGCAUCUAGGGAAGACGGGGCUCAAGGUAAGCGUGCUCGGCUAUGGCGCCUGGGUCACAUUUGGGAACCAGCUCGAUGUCAAGGACGCCAAGAUCUUGCUCUCGCGCUGCCGCGACUCGGGGAUCAAUUUCUUCGACAAUGCCGAGGUCUACGCCAACGGCAGGGCGGAGGAGAUCAUGGGGCAAGCGAUCCGGGAGCUGGGAUGGAAGAGAUCCGAUGUGGUGAUCAGCACCAAAAUAUUUUGGGGAGGGCCAGGGCCAAACGACAAGGGGCUGUCCAGGAAGCACAUUAUCGAGGGCGUCAAGGCGUCGCUCAAGCGGCUGGAGAUGGAGUAUGUGGAUCUCCUGUAUUGCCACAGGCCCGAUCCGGCCACGCCCAUGGAGGAGACGGUGCGAGCUAUGAACUAUGUGAUCGAUCACGGGUGGGCGUUCUACUGGGGGACGAGCGAGUGGACCGCCCAGCAGAUCACCGAGGCGUGGGAGGUGGCCAGGAGAUUGGGGCUUAUCGGGCCUUGCGUGGAGCAGCCAGAGUAUAAUCUUCUCGCCAGAGACAAGGUGGAAGUGGAAUAUCUUCCACUGUACAGUAGCUAUGGGAUCGGCGUGACGACUUGGAGUCCUCUGGCGUCAGGAGUUCUGACUGGAAAGUACACCAAAUUCAGCAUUCCACCUGACAGCCGCUUCUCGCUGGAAAACUACAAGAACUUGGCAAACCGAUCCUUGGUUGAUGAUAUUCUACUCAAAGUUGACAAGCUCCGACCUAUCGCAGCCAAGCUCGACGUUUCUCUGGCGCAGCUCGCCAUUGCGUGGUGUGCUUCGAAUCCAAACGUCAGCUCCGUGAUAAUGGGAGCUACAAAAGAAAGCCAACUGAUAGAGAAUGUGAAAGCUCUGGAAUUGCUACCCCGCCUCACGCCGGAUGUAAUGGACAAGAUCGAGGCCGCUGUCAUGAGCAAGCCAAAAAAGCCUGACCUCUAUCGCUGAGACGAGAGAGUGUGAUGGUCCUUAAAUGCUCGUUUUACACAUUCCUGAGAUCAAUUCUUGGAGAGGUAUGAUAAAAGAUCAUUUUUUUAAAAUCAAGUUUUCUUGGAAGUUUUCAG